UUGUGCAUCGGCCUUUCUCCGUGUGCGUGAGACUUCUGGUUUCUGCUGCCGUCCGCGAGAGCGAGAGCGAGAGCGAGAGCGAGGAGAACAGAGGGAGUGGGAGGUCAAAAUAAACAAGAAAGAAGAGGAAUGGACCCCUAGUCUCUAUCGCCUCGAUUGGGACCUCCGAAUCUUAGGAAUCUUCGGCUCCUUGUUCUUCGGUUUCAUCCUCGAAUCGAUGAUGGAUGCUGUAUUUUUUGUAUCUGUUGCAGAGUUGAUGCACUGAAAUCUGGAGCUGUCAACUGCUUAUCAAGCCAUCAAGUUUUUCAGAAAACUUUCACUGGUUCCAGUUGCUGAUUGUAUAGCCUGGCGGCAAUUAAUAAGCACAUUAACAGCCCUAAAAAGUUUUAGCAAAUGGAUCGCGAUGAUACCUCUGGUUUUGUUAGUGGAGGUUGCUCUGAUCUUUCCAGAUACUGAACAAAUGGCACAUCCCUGGAAGUCUGGCAAUUGGUUCACUUGUAUCAACAUUUCAUUGUGAUUGGAUUUUGGCAGCAUCUGUUAUGGAUAAGAGGCAUGGUCAUCUUGGGCUCGGUUUAAACUUCUCUUCUGGAAAUACUUCAAAGGAUUUGUCUCAGUCUCAUACUGGCACCAAACUAUGGAUUUAUUCUUCUCACCCCUGUUUGAAUGGUCUUAAUUUGAAAGGAACAAAGAGGAAGUUGUGUCAUGUAUAUGAAAGUGGUAUAGAAGAUUCUUCACUAACACUUGGCGUAGGCCAUCCAGCAAGUUCUUCAGAUAGCAGUAAGAAGAGCUCUGCUACAGCUUGCACCAUGUCUACCACAAGGGAAACAGAUGAUGGGUCAUCCAUGGAUCUUGGACUAAAUUUUGAUCUCAACCUUGGUAAUGAAAAUUUAAUUUGCCCAAUAAAACCUGCUCUUGAUGUUCGAAAGGAUAAAGUUGAUCUUCAGUUGAGUCUAUCAGUAGGUGGUGCAUUUGAUUCUGUUGUUACAGGUGUGACUCCAGUCUUGAGUGACAACUAUUUAUCAGACAACGUGCUAUCUUUCUCUCAGGUACCAACUGUUGAUGAAGGAUCAACUUCAUCUCACUGGUAUAGGAGCAGGCUAUUACCAUUUUUAAAUAGUCCUGACAAACAUGAUAAUGUAUCCCCUGACAAAGCAUUCCAUAAUGCAUCUACUCAAGCUGGGCAGUCAGAUGCCUCUUUAUCAACAAUCAUCCAACCACAGAAAAGUUCAGUUUCUAUUUCUGGUGUAACCCAAACUCAACAAUGCAAUAGCAAUACUAAAAAUUGUCAGUUUCCGGGAUGUUUCAAAGGAGCUAGAGGUGCUUCUGGAUUGUGCAUAGCUCAUGGUGGAGGGCGGAGGUGCCGUAAAGCUGGUUGUCAGAAGGGAGCUGAGGGAAGAACCAUCUUCUGCAAAGGCCAUGGUGGUGGUAGGCGAUGUCAACACCUUGGCUGUACUAAGAGCGCUGAAGGUCGCACAGACUACUGCAUUGCUCAUGGUGGUGGACGUCGUUGCAGCCAUGAAGGUUGCCCUAAAGCAGCUAGGGGAAAAUCUGGUCUAUGCAUAAGGCAUGGUGGCGGCAAGAGAUGCCAAAAGGAGAACUGCACAAAGAGUGCAGAAGGGCAUUCUGGAUUAUGCAUUGCCCAUGGAGGUGGCAGGCGGUGCAAAUAUCCUGAAUGUACAAAGGGUGCACAAGGCAGCACAAAUUUCUGCAAGGCACAUGGUGGGGGUAAGAGGUGCACAUACUUGGGUUGCAUAAAAGGGGCUGAAGGAAGCACUCCAUUUUGUAAGGCACAUGGUGGAGGGAAACGUUGUGCAUUCCAAGGUGGUUGCACAAAGAGUGUACAUGGUGGCACCCAAUUUUGUGUGGCCCAUGGUGGUGGAAAACGAUGUGCUGUAUUAGAGUGCACUAAAAGUGCAAGAGGUAGGACAGAUUUCUGUGUUCGUCAUGGAGGUGGAAAGAGAUGCAAGGUUGAGGGUUGUGGAAAGAGUGCUCAGGGCAGCACUGAUUUCUGUAAAGCACAUGGCGGUGGUAAACGAUGCUCAUGGGGCCAACCUGAGUCAGGUCUUGGUAUGAAAAGCCCUCCCUGUGAACGUUUUGCCAGAGGAAAGAGUGGCCUCUGUGCUGCACACACUGCUCUAGUGGAGGACCAGUGCGUUCAUGGAGAAGGCCAACUUCUGGCCUUUGGUUCAGAGAAUCAAGGAGUCAUAAAACCUGAGAAGAUGAAAGAGAUUGUUGACCUAGCUAGGUCUGCGGAAAUGGAAAAUGAGAAGAACAUUCUCUCGAUCAAUACUCAGGAAUAUGUGCAUCCUACAACACCUGUUGAUUCUAGGUCGGUUUCUCUUCCAGAAGGCAGGGUGCAUGGUGGGAGUCUUAUGGCUAUGCUGGCUAGCAAUUCAAGUAUUGGCAACACUUCUACAAGUCAAGUUGAUUGCUGCAACCCUGAACGGGGGGCACCACACUUUGUGGCUCGGAAAUGGUUUUAAGGGCUAAAAUCUAGGUCUUCGAUCUUCUAUUAUCCCUGUAAACAAUUUCUCCCAGGUACAUUGUUACGUCAUGAUUGGUGACCUAAUUGUCACAAUGCUAGUUUCUCACUGAUUGUUCCUUUGCGUUUAGCUGCCCUUCAUAUAUAUGACGCAAGGGAAACUCUGUAAAUUCUGUCUGGAAUGUGAACUUUAGGCAGGCAAAUGGAUGCUUGUGGGUUUUUUCAUCAUCUGCUAAUUCUGUAGAUAAAUCUCCUUGCAGUCUGUUCAAAGUGUGAAUGGCAGUGCUUGUAUGAUGCUUAUUUUAUUUCGGA